AUGAAGGCCAACUUCCUUAUUGUCGCCCUCGCUGCCGCAGUCUCGGCCCUCCCGGUCCUUGACGAGCGCGGUUGCACCAGCUCCGUCGGCGAGGACGGCACCGUCGAGAAGCGCUGCCCCAUCCCCUGGACCAAGAACUACGGCGAAUAUGACGACGUCGAGAAGCGCGGCUGCACGAGUUCCACUGAGGCUGACGGUACCGUGGUGAAGCGUUGCCCUAUCCCCUGGACCAAGAACUACGGUGAAUACGACGAGAAUGAGAAGCGCGGCUGCACGAGCUCUGUCGGCGAGGAUGGCAAGGUCGAGAAGCGUUGCCCUAUUCCUUGGACCAAGAAUUAUGGCGAGUACAAUGAGAAUGAGAAGCGUGGCUGCACUAGCUCGGUUGGAGAGGACGGCAAGGUUGAGAAGCGUUGCCCGAUUCCCUGGACCAAGAACUAUGGCGAGUACGACUCUUAA